UUUAUUGAAACCUUCGUUUACUCUAAAACCCUAGAAAACUGGAACUUUGAACUGUCCUUAAACCCUUGUCUCCCUCACUGUGCUACAUGAACUCUUGCUCUUCGAAGAACCAUGUUACCGGGUAGAAAUUCACGGCCUCAGCAUCCAUCUAAGUUUCAGGCCAAUGGAACUGCUCCUUCACCUCCCCUGCAGGUUAUGGGUAACCCAGCAAGUUUUAUGCCAAACCAUAUGCAAAUUCAGUCUCAGAUGGCAAAUCCAAACAAUAACCCGAAUACCCACUUUUCCUCUGGGCAGCUUUUGGGGUACCAAGUGAAUCAGAUGAAUAAUGCUAAUUUUCAACAAAAAGGUCAAUUCUUGGGGCAAAAUAUUGUUAACCCACCUCAGUUCUUGAAUCAGAAUGUUGGUUUUGGGGGUAUGCCCAAUCCAAUGCAAAAUAUGAAUCAGUUUCUGCAAAUGCAAAUGGCUAUGCAAAUGGCAAGUUAUGCUCAGGCUCUUUCAGGGAGUGUUCCAAUGUAUCCAAACCAGGUGCCUCAGGGUAUGGGAAUUCAAAAUUCUAACAUUGCUAUGAAUAAUGCACAUUUUGGUCAUGCGAAUGCAAGUGGAAAUUUGUCUAAGCAAAUGGCUAAUGGAAGUCAGCAAUUGCAAGGGCAGUCGCCAGUGAUGAACUCUUUUGGUGUUGUUCAGCAGCAACAGACUCAGAACUUCAAUUCUCCUGCUUCUGCUAAUCCACAGGUUUCUCAGGGUAUGGGUCCUCAAAGUUCCAAUUUUGGUAUGAAUGCACAUUUGGGUCUUGUGAAUGCCAAUGUAGCCGCCCAGCAGUCUAAGAGCGGCUUGUCCAAGCAAAUGCCUAAUGUGACUCAGCAAUUGCAAGGACAGUUGCCUCUGAUGAAUUCUUUUGGCUUUGCUCAGCAGGCACAAAAUCAGAACUUUAAUGCUCCUACUUCUGCUAAUACACAGGUAUGUCAGGGUAUGGGGCCUCAAAUUCCCAAUUUUUCUAUGAAUGCGCAUUUGGGUCUUUUGAAUGCCAAUGGAGCUGUCCAGCAAAUGCCUAAUGUGAAUCAGCAAUUGCUAGGCCAGUUACCUAUGAUGAAUCCGUUUGGCUUUGUUCAGCAGCCACAAACUCAGAACUUCAAUGCUCCCGCUUCUACUAAUACACAGGCAAAUCAUGGAUGCGUUGUUGGGAUUAGCCCAUCAAAAGGCAACCAGCAAAAUUCUUAUAAUAGUAACUUCUCGAGGAAUCAAAAGCACGACGCUAAGAAUUCCAAGUUUGGUAAAGGGAAGUUCUCAACUCAUAACAAAAACCUGGGAAAAGGUCAUCACAGAAAUGGGGAGAAAAAAAAUAUUCAUUCUAAUUCAGUGAAACCUGAGAUGGAGAAAAAGAGACCUCUCAUGGUGACUUACUCAGCGCAAGAAAUUCAACAGUGGCGGGAAGAACGCCGUAAGAACUACCCUUCAAAAGGAAACAUUGAGAAGCAGCUAACAGGGAAAAUGGUAGAGUCCGAGGAUAAUUCGAAUGCUGCUAAGUUGCGCCGUCAGCAACUUAAGGAAAUUCUAGCCAAGCAGGCUGAGUUAGGUUUUGAAGUUGCAGAAAUACCAUCAUCCUAUCUGUCAGAUACUGAGAAACAAGUGGAUGGGAUGGAGCAAAAAAGGCCACUGAGUAGAAAAGAAAGGUUCCAAAAAAGGUUCAAUAAAAAAGAAAAGUUCAACCGAAAUGAUCGUUUCUCCAAGAAACGAAGAUUUGGAAACUCCGAUUCACCAAACACUUGUGAUCAAAAGGACUUUCCUGCUGGAAAACAGGAUGUGAACCGUGAAUCUGUAACUCAGGUUACAAAAAGUGCGAGAGAAUCAACACUGCUGCAGAAACUAUUGAGUUCAGAUAUUCAAAGAGAUAAACGGCGCCUAUUGCAGGUCUUUAGGUUCAUGACCAUGAAUUCUUUCUUUAAAGAUCAGCCUGGGAAACCCUUGAGGUUUCCUCGAGUGUUACUUAAGGAAACGGGGAAAGAAAUUGAAGCUGCUGAAGAAAUAUCUGAUGCUAUAGAUACAAACAUUGAAAAAUCAUCAUCAUCAUCAUCAGACGACGACAAUGACAAGUACGAAGAAGACAAUAUUGCUGAAUUUACAGAAGCAGUUAGUGAGUUACAAGAAGAUAGUAGCAGUGAAAGUGAAGAACCUGAGGAAGAACAAAUCUCUAGUUAAACAAAACAGCCUGUAUCUUUGUCACUGUUUAUUGUAUAUGCUUGUUUGUUAUCUUCCAUCUUAAUUAUGUGUAAAUUCUAAUGUCUAAUAUCAUAGCUGGUAUUGAAAUUUUGAUUUUCAAGGUUUAUUUGAUGAAACUUUUGGGCAUGUA